AUGUCUAGCAAAUCGCGGUGGGCCGACACAGAAGAAGACGCCCGCCUCGACGCCAAGCUGAAAGAAGAAAAGAGACGGAAAAGGGCAGAAAGGGCACGGAAAAUCGAGGAAGAGAAGAGAGCGCAGGCUGCAGCGACACAGAGUACACUCGAAGCCGACGAUGACAGACCUUCAAAACGACGAAGAAUCACACCCGAACCAGGCGCAGGACAUGACGAGAACACACCCCCAGCCAAGCUCCUGCGAUUCCCGACUGGUACCUGGGGGAAGUGCAGAAGCGUCGAGAACUACGAGAAAUUGAACGAUAUUGAGGAGGGAACCUAUGGUUGGGUUGCGCGGGCAACGAAUAAAGCUACGGGCAAGAUUGUCGCAUUGAAGAGACUAAAGCUAGAACCUCAGGAUCGGAACGGACUGCCGGUUACAGGACUACGUGAGAUACAAAUACUGAAGGAUUGCCAACACCGGAACAUUGUUCCAAUGGAGGAGGUCGUUGUGGGUGACGAUGUAUCGCGGCCGGACAACUCUUUGUUCUUGGUUCUCGAAUUCGUAGAACACGACCUAAAAUCCAUCCUUGAAGAUAUGCCCGAGCCAUUCCUCUCCUCCGAAGUCAAGCGCCUUCUCCUACAGCUCACAUCCGGCAUCGCCUAUCUCCACGACAACUGGAUUCUUCACCGCGAUCUCAAGACUUCCAACCUUCUCCUCAACAAUCGCGGCCAGCUGAAGAUCGCCGACUUCGGAAUGGCGCGCUAUGUUGGAGACCCUCCACCCAAGCUUACCCAGCUCGUCGUCACACUGUGGUACCGCGCCCCCGAGCUACUCCUCGGUACCAAAACAUAUAACGCCGCUGUUGAUAUGUGGAGUGUGGGUUGCAUAUUUGGUGAACUGCUCACUCGUGAACCCCUUCUUCAAGGUAAAAACGAAGUUGAUCAAGUCUCGCAUAUCUUUGAGCUUUGCGGCAUCCCUACAGAAGAGACAUGGCCUGGUUUUCGACGUCUUCCCAACGCACGCUCAUUGCGUCUCCCCAAGGCACAAGUUGCUACCGGCUCUGUCGUCCGAGCUCGCUUUCCCAGCCUUACCAGUGCAGGUGCAGGGUUGCUGGGCGACCUGCUGUCACUUGACCCUGAGCGCAGGCCAUCAGCACGUGAAAUGCUACAGAAUGAGUAUUUUCGACAGGACCCCAAGCCGAAACCAGAGAGUAUGUUCCCCACGUUCCCGAGCAAAGCGAACCAGGAGCGUCGUAGACGCGUAGAGCCUCAUGCGCCUGUGCGUGGUGGACAGGCGGCUUCGCUCGGCGACGCUGACUUCAGUGGCAUAUUUCAAGGGCGGGAUAAGGAAGAAAGGGGGGCAGGGUUUCAAUUGCGUAUGAUUUAA